AUGUGGUCGCUUGGUCCGUGGAGUUCCUUGCCUAGUGCACAGCGGCAGAACGGAGCCGCAGCCUCUGUGGCCUUCUUCCCCAAUCCGGUCUCUGUUUCCGCCGAGAUGCUCAAAGUAAACCCGACACAGGCGUGGCAGCUUUCGGGCUUGGCAGGUAGCACACUUCUCAAUGUGGAUACCAUCUCCUACCGGGGGCCGAUCUCUGUAUCGGUUGGCCUAGCAGCAUGCCUGGGCCAGCGCACCUGCCAAGAGAGGAUAGAAAAGACGAAGAGCAAGUCAAGCAGCCGCCUCAAUGUAGUCCAAUCCAGCACUCCUUCCUGCUCGAAGUGGCAUGGCGUAAACUACGGAAACAGGUUCAUCCCGGAGGAUUGGAUGAAGCACCCGUACAAUUUCUUUGAAAAAGUUCACAAGAGUGCGCGCAGAGUGGCUUUGUGGGAUCUGCAUGGCCCUGGAGCGAAGCAGAAGAUGCUCCAGUGGCUUGAGGCCACAAUUUGUGAGUCUCAUUUUAAAGAGAUGCAGAGAUGCGGGGUGGAGGUGCUCCGGGUUCCAUGUGGCUACUGGAAUUGGGUGGCUUACGACGACAACGAGGGACCGGAGAUCCCCACCGAACAUCCCAAGCACGCCAGCAUCCGGGAGCGAUUGAAAAAUCUCCAUCGCAUUGCAUCGCCCAACGACUACCGAAUCUACUUCGACAGGAUUUUUGACUAUGCCGGCAAGUACGGCAUCAAGGUGUUGCUGGACCUCCAUGCUUUACCUGGGUCUCAGAACGGAGAAAUCCACAGUGGGGUGUGCAUCGAGGAGGAGGGGGAGGAGCACGUGGGCUUCGUGCAGAGUGAUGCGAACCUUCAGACUUCCGUUCGUGCAGUUCGAGCAAUGGCAAAGUUCGCAAGCAAGAAGGCAAACCUAUUCGGAAUUCAGGUCAUCAGUGAGCCGCACUUGCACACAGAUGAGGGGCACGAGUUCCUACGGAAUUACUAUCAGCAAGCCAUUCUUGCAGCUCGAGAGUCCCUUGACAGGAAAGUUCCAGUGGUCCUGUUUGAGUGGACGUAUGAGAUGCACCGAUGGGAGGCUGGAGCAUUCCCCGAAUCAACCUAUGGCCGGGUGGUUUGGGACACGCAUCUGUAUCAUUUUCCAGACUCCGGCCAAAAGUGGACCUCGAAAGACCAAGGUCUUGAAAAGGCCAAGGAGGCAUAUGCCUGGGAUCUGCAGCAGCUCCGGCACUUCUCCAGGGCGCAAGGCGAAACGGUGUUUGUUGGAGAGUUUUCGCUUGCAGGACCAAGCCUGAACAGGGCAGAUACUCGCGAGUUUGCCCAAUGGCUGGUCGAUCAGUUUGAUUUUGCAUGUGCUGGGUCUUUGCUCUGGUCUUUUGAUAACGCGAUCACUGCGUGGAGCAUGCAGCGCCAGGUUCAAGAAUGGGGUCUGGAUUGGGGGUCCAUCCUCCGCAGAGAACAUGAUCAUGCAGUUGAGCAUCCACCGAUCAAGAUCGAAGCAUCCUCUUUUGGUACAUGGCUCACUGCCACCGAGAAGGGUGCCGUUGAAGCAGACGCUCCGGAUCCUUCCUGGUGGGAGGAAUGGGUGCCGUACUCUUACCAGGUUGAUGGGCAGUCAAAGCUUGCCCUGCGUUCUGCUGCUCAUGGGACAUGGCUUAGCGUCACGCAGGAGGGUGAGGUGAUCCAGUCCGACUGCCGCUCUGCUUGGGAAGAGUUUUCAGUCUUGUUUCGUGAAAAGCAAGACGGAAGGCAGUGCAUCUCGCUUCAGUCCUUCCACGGCUCAUGGCUUGCAGUGCGCCGCUUCCGGCAGACUGACCAGCUCCUCCUCUCCGCCGGACAUGAAAUCCCUGACACCGAGGCCAUAGACCUGGAGCUGGAAGUAGAAAAGCCCAAGAAGAAGCGGAAGGUGCAUGUAGAAAGAAGAGAAUUGGAGCAUAGGAACAAGGCUCCGCCUGAGGCAGCUCGGCCAAAGCCUGCGCGGCAGGAGAAGUAUGCAGAGAAGACCAAGAAGAAGCAGGAAAAAGAGAAGAAAAAGAAGAAGCACAAAAAAAGAAAGGAUCAUGGUGAUUAUCCAGACGUGGGGAUGAUGAGCCACAGCGCGAUGUUCACGCCCAUGAUGGGGAUGAUGAGGUCGAUGAGCUACGGUGUCAUGCCUGGAAUGACCAUGAUGAUGAUGCCAGGCAUGAUUGCCCCGCCGUUGAUGGGUGGCCAUGUUGGCCCGAUGGCCAUGCAUGGAGCGGCAAUGCCUUAUUUCCCGCCAGGCACUCCCGCAGUGGCAUCGACCGUGCAGGCCCGAAAAGCUCCUGCGUCGAAGCCGGACAAGGUUCUCGGAUGUGCUUAG